AUGGCAUCCUCACCUAACAUACCAGGAAAUCAAAGUCAAGCUUCAAUAUCUUCUGCGAAUCGCCCAAGCUCUACUACCCAUGACCGAGAUAUUCCUCUUGAAACCUUGGUAUCGCAUCUCCUUGCUUCCAAGCGUUCCUUGUCAUCUAUCAGUACAGUAUGGCGCGCCAACGAAAUCGUCACCUCAGCGAAACACGCAUUAGAAGAAAGCGUUAUAUUGAAUGCCAGAACUGGGUUUAUACAAAGCGGUAUCAAUGAGCAGCUUAAGAUCCUGAGGAAAGUUAGAAACAGUAUCGAGUUUGUGUAUAUUGAUGGACAGAAGGAUUUCAAGAAUGUCAUACGUACUCUCGACGCCGCAAAUACUCGACUUGAGACUACAAUGGAUGUGUUGAGAUCAACAAUGGUGAAUGCGGCCUUCCGACCAGCCGAAGAGGAAUCUAGAAGUUUGCUGGACUUUGUUGAUGAACAAGGUGUAGAGGGAAUGCGAGAUGGCUUGAAGGAGUUGAUCCGAGAAUCCAAGGAUGCCCAAACAGAAUUCGAUACAUCUAUCCUUUCCUUCGAUGAUGAUCUACGUAGCUUGAAAUCGACUUCUGGAUACACCAAAGGAUCUUCUCCAUCCGGGUCUCCUAUACCAAAGCAUUUACAUACUUUAGAAGGUCACGCUCAAGAGAUGGCUUCCCUCCUAUCAUCUCUCUCCAAUCAUUUCGAUCUAUGUCUCAACGCCAUCAGACACACAGAGGGAGGAUAUGCCGCGGUCCGAAAUGCAGCUUCCAACCCACCCCCAGGCGCCGAACCUGUAUCUGUCUCCGGCGUAAUGACCACUUCCCACGACGAUAUACAUGAAGAACCUCUCACCGAACAAGAGCGCGAAGAAAUGCUUUUUGUUCUCGAAAAAGACUCCGCUGAAGUUGAAGACGUGGUUAUGGAACUUCGCGAUCGUCUCAAUGAGAUGGAAAUCAAACAUAAUGCCAUCCUUGAUUACGUUUCACAUCUCACUGAGCAAUUCAAAAAUACUUUGAAUAUAUACAAUCUUUUAGAGGGAGUAUAUGUGCGACUUUCAGGAUAUAUUAUUGCGGGUCAAAACUUUCAUGUUAGGUGGGAAGAUACCAAGGUGCAGAUGCACGAACACAUGAAUGAAUUGGAGGGAAUGCGACUCUUCUAUGAAAGUUAUCUAUCAUCCUAUGAUGGGCUUAUAGUUGAAGUUGACCGUCGCAGGAAUGCCGAGGAGAAAGCAAAAAUGAUAGCAAGGAAGGCGAUGGAGCAAAUCAGCAAGCUAUAUGAGGUGGAUAUGAAGGAGAGAAAUGAUUUCAAGAAUGAUGUGGGGGAUUAUUUGCCGGUGGAUUUAUAUCCGGGUAUUAAUGCAGCAGCACCAAGAUGGGAUUUUAUGCUGAUGGAUGAGGAGGAAAGUGUGGGUAGCACUUCUUUGCUGGAGAGAAAAGUCGUGGAGGGCUCUAGUCAGAGAGAUCAAGAAAGGCACAAAGGGAAAUAG